AUGAAGCAAGUGAAGGCGACCUUUGAGGCCAACAAGCGCAUCUACGAGAGCGUGCUGCUCACUUUUAAAGGUGUUGAGGGUUAUGACGUGUACAACUGCUCCGUCCCCUUCUUCUACGGGGGAAAGCUGCACAUCUACGGCCGCAUCGAGAAGCGCGAGAUUUGGGCCGCGUCGCAUGUGCGCCUCUUCGAGGAGACGGGCAAGGAUGAGUUUACGGUGGUACCGGAGCUUAGCUGGGAGCUGGAGGACCCAUACGUCCAAAAUGUGAAUGGUGAGAUGAUCUUCGGCGGCACUCAUGUCCGCAAGAACGGCAACUGUAUCCUCAGCUACUACGGCUACUUCUACCGCGGCACGCCUGUGGACUUGAGCUACUUUACAGCAGGACCUGACUACAUGAAGGACAUUCGCGUGGUUUCACUUCAAGAUGGCCGUAUCGGGGUCUUCUCGCGGCCGCGAGUAGGGAGAAAGGCCUCUAUUGGCUUUGUAAUUCUGAACUCCAUCUCCGAGCUGAGGGCCGAGGUAAUUGCUAAGGCACCGGCACUCGACAUCCUAUCGGAGAACGCGUGGGGUGGUGUCAACCAGGCCUACCUCCUCUCCAGCGGCAAGGUUGGCUGUGUCGGACACUACAGCUAUGAGGACAAAAAUGAUAAGCAACAGCCGCAGAACGUCUACGUGAACUACUCCUUCGUGCUUGACCCUCAGAGUCGGGCGAUCGCGGAUGGGAAGAUCAUCGGAACAAAGGGCUGCUACCCACCGUGCGAACCCAAGAUUCCUCUCCUAGCAGACUGUGUUUUCACCUCAGGGAUCGUGAUGCGCGGGGACGGCAAGGUGGAUUUAUACAGCGGUGUUGGCGACAGUCACGAGGGCCGCAUCGUCAUUGACUAUCCUUUUGAGGGCCAUGGCUCCAUCGUUGGUGAUUUCAACUUCUCCAUGACUUCCUCCUUGUGA